GAAAUUUUCAAAAGAAUUUUGGUUCCGCGAAGCAUCGCCAUCGGCAAAUCGGUGCUGGCCGACUUUAAGUGGGAUCAUUAUGUACCGCUUGAUGUUGCUAGUCGAGCAAUCCUUAUCUAUACGCGUUCCAAUGCGAAGCAACUUGUUCUUGAGCUUCUACGAAUGUGGGACAUCCUCCACUCAAAUCCAUCCCAGUUACUACUGUUUUCACUCUGUUUCAUCUUAUGUAAUUGACGAUUUUCUUACGGAACUCGUAAAAAAGAUAAAAUCUGACACUGUGAAGCUUGAUCGGACCCCUAAUCCGUCUUCUUGAAACAACCCAACCAGAAAAGGAAUCGCCGUUUCUUGCUGAAAACGAAAUCCAUGAAGCUCCAACAAAGUCAAAAGGUCUAAAGUAAUUGUCAAAUGUCCACAUAUAUUUAUAUACGGGAAAUACACUCCAAAUAAGCAAUGGGCAAAUCAUAAUCAUCCAGUAAAAGGCACCCAACAUUUUCCAUUUUGAUUGCUUCUUAGAUUUGUGCAUAUAUAACUCAUCUGCAUCUGCAAAAAGCUGGUUUGGGUUUAGUGAAGAUGAAGUUUGGGAAGGAGUUUUUGUCCCAAAUGGUGCCUGAAUGGCAAGAAGCGUAUUUGGAUUACAAUAAUCUGAAAGCAGUUCUGGCAGAAGUGAGCCUAUCUAAGCAGCCAAAAGCUUCAGAUGCCUCAGGCAAGCUAAAGAGAAAGGUGUCUUUGUACAGAGCUUUCAGUGGGCUUACAGGGCGGAGGCAUUCUCCAAGGAUGCAGGAUGAUGCGAUAAUUACCAACAUAGUUCAGAAUGGUUCUGAAGAGAGCUACCAGAGCAUGUUCUUCAUGUCAUCAGAUCAAGGGGGUGAAAAUGAGGUGGUUUUCUUUAGGAGACUUGAUUAUGAAUUCAAUAAAGUGGUGAGGUUUUACAAGAAGAGGGUGGGUGAGUUGAUAGUGGAGGCAGAGGAAUUGAGCAAACAGAUGGAUAUCUUGGUUGCUCUGAAGAUAAAGGUGGAGAAUCCAGAUGUUGCGUUCGAAGAUGUCAAUGAACAUGUCGAUCUAGCAGGAAGUGUAGCGACCUCAACUUGUAAUUCCAUCAAUGGCAGAGUUUCAGAUUGUAUUUUUGAAGGACGAUCACACUUGGAAAUAACUCAGGAAGUUGAGGGGGAAGAUGACGCAGCUUCGGUAGACGAGGACAUCGAAGCAAAAGAGUCAAAGGGUCACUGCAGGAAGGGGAGUAGAGGAAGCAUUCAAGCCACUCAAGAACUCAGGCCCGCUUCAUUAGACUUCUUACCCCAUGUACGAAUUAACAUCUCCCCGGAAACACCAGCAUCAACUAUAAAAUACAUGGUUGCACGUUCCAAGGCUCGGUUAUCGUAUAAUAAGACCGAGUUGAGGAAGUCAGAAGAAUUGAUGACUCGGGCCUUGAUUCAAUUCUACCAAAAGCUUCAAGUUCUAAAAGGCUACAGCUUCUUAAAUACAUUGGCCAUUUCGAAGAUCUUGAAGAAGUAUGAAAAGAUAACAUCACGUAAAGUGUCAAAGGUCUACUUAGAUAUGGUGGAUAAAUCUCCUCUUGGCUGCACUAUUGAGCUUACACGGCUCAUAGAAAGAGUGGAGGCUGCUUUCAUUAAGCACUUCGCAAAUGGAAACCGAAGAAAAGGGAUGGACAUUUUGAGAAGAAAAAUCAGAAGGGAAAGACAUGGAAUUACAUUUUUCUCCGGUUUCUUCUUCGGCUGUGCUCUUGCACUUAUAGUGGCCAUCAUUUUAGUUAUACACCUAAGAGAUAUCUUUGAGAGCGAAGGGCGCAACCAGUAUAUGAAUAACAUAUUUCCUCUCUACAGCUUUUUUGGAUUCAUCAUCUUGCACCUGAUGAUAUACUCUGCAAAUAUAUACUUUUGGAGGCGUUACCGUGUCAAUUACACAUUUAUGUUUGGCUUGAAGCAAGGAACAGAGUUGGGUCACCGAGAGGUCUUUUUUCUUAGUUCAGGUCUUGCGGUGCUCACAUUGGCUUGUGUUCUCUCACAUUUGGAUAUGGAGAUUGACCCAGAAACCAAAAGCUACGAAGCCAUAACCGAGUCGAUUCCUUUAGCUCUACUCACUGCUGUUCUUCUUAUAAUAUUUUGUCCUUUCAACAUCAUAUUCCGUUCUAGCCGCUUCUUCCUCAUUCGUAGUGCAUUUCGUUUGGUCUGCGCUCCGUUCUACAAGGUUACAAUGGAAGACUUUUUCUUGGCAGAUCAACUUACCAGCCAGGUGCAAGCCUUCAGAAGUUUAGAAUUCUAUAUCUGCUACUAUGGGUGGGGUGACUUUAUACGACGAACGAAUUCGUGCUCUCAGAGCAAAAUUUUUGAAGCUUUUUACUUCGUUGUUGCAAUUAUUCCAUACUGGAUUCGUACUCUUCAGUGCAUUCGGCGCUUGAUCGAAGAUAAAGACGUAAAGCAUGUGUUUAAUGGACUGAAGUACUUCUCAACAAUUGUUGCAAUUGCAAUGAGAACAAGCAAUGAUUUGAAUAUGGGGUUGACAUGGAGAACCUUGGCUCUUGUUAGUUCUGUUGUUGCAACAAUAUCAGGCACAUACUGGGAUAUAGUAUGUGACUGGGGCCUCUUACGACGCAACUCAAAAAAUCCAUGGUUGAGAGACAAAUUACUAAUAUCCAACAAGAGUGUUUACUUUGCAGCAAUUGUACUGAAUGUCUUGCUACGGCUUGCUUGGAUGCAAUCAGUAUUAGGUUUUAGAGAAGCUCCAUUCAUCCAUAGACAAGCGUUGAUUGCCAUUGUAGCCGUGUUGGAAAUCAUUCGACGAGGAAUCUGGAAUUUCUUCAGGUUGGAGAACGAGCACCUAAACAAUGUGGGGAAAUACAGGGCAUUCAACUCUGUUCCACUUCCUUUCAAUUACGACAAUGAGGAGACGAGGACCGGCUAAUGAAGAACACAGAUACUUUUUCUACUAAUUUUUUUUUUAAUUCUUACACAUGGCUUGAUUUUCUUUGUGUUUGUUAUUCAAGUGUAGAAAGUAAGCUGUUGCCCUAUCAUAUUGAACAAGAAACAGGGUUAGUUUACCCUGAGAAUCUGUAAAAAGGAAAAAGAGAAAGGAAUAAAGAUACUAUUUCAUCCAUACAAAUGGAUUGAUUCGACCAUUCAAGUUCA